CCAAACACUGGACGGAUUGGCUCCAUCCCAAAAAACUAAGUUGAAUCCAACCCAAUACACCCAACACCCAACCAAACACAGCCUAGAAAGUCCGAUUUUGAGUGCCUAGUCGGAUGAAAUCACCUCAUUCGCGGAGUGGCGAAACACGCUUGGUACCUUCCACUGCUCCACUCCACUCCACAAGCUCAUAUCCUCGUCCUCCUCUGCUGUUUUCGCGUCCACGGGCAACCCAGCUCAGGCAAGGGCAGAUCAUCUGCGUAUAGCGCUCGCCAUCUCCUGAUUUUCCCAUUGAUCCCCUGAAAUCGCUGACCGACAGUCCUGUCCGCCAUGGACGCCGAGAGAAGCUCUGCGCGCAGCACCAAGCCUCUUGCUGUGCCGCCCGCUCGCCACUGCUAGACGCGACGACGUCUGCGUUUGCCUUCCCGGUUCAACUGCCGGUUCCCUUGACGGCCUAGUGCUUGCGAUCCAGCGGGGCGAGACGGCGAGACGCCGGCGAGGUAGCCACUGUCAAUUUGACGACACGUGGAUUGAGAGGGAGAAGACAAUGCCAAACCAAAAUUGAGAGUUGUAUCGCCAUCGCCAUGUCAAGCGACCUCUCCGCACGCUCGUCGGCGCUUUCCUCCUCCACCGCGUCGCCUUCCGACGACUCGCGGCGGAAGGAGCAAGGACGGCAUGCGACGACCAACGGCAGCGGCAGCGGUAGCAGCAGCGGGCGCCGGGGGAGCCACUGGCGGAGCCAGCGCGUGCAGUGGCUCGGCGGCGCCGGCGCGGCGUGGGCGGUGGACCCGCGCGCGAGGUGGGUCCGGGACUGGAACCGCGCCUACCUCCUGGCGUGCGCGGCGGGGCUGAUGGUGGACCCGCUCUUCCUGUACGCCGUGUCUCUGAGCGGCCCGCUCAUGUGCCUCUUCGUCGACGGCUGGCUCGCCGCCGCCGUCACCGCGCUGCGCUGCGCCGUGGACGCCAUGCACGUGUGGAACGUCGCCACGCAGCUCCGCCUCCGCGUCGCGCGCGCCGGCGCCGGCGCCGGCGCGACGCCGGGUAGUAAGCGCGUGGCCAGCGGCGCGGGCGACGAGGAGCAGCAGCAGCAGCAGGGCGCCGAGGACGACGACGAGGAGGCCGCCGCCGAGGCCGCGCGCAAGCUCCCCGAAGAGUCCAGGAAAGGGAUGCUGCUUGACUUCUUCGUCAUCCUUCCCGUGAUGCAGGUGGUGGUGUGGGUAGCGGCGCCGGCGAUGAUCCGCGCGGGGUUGACGACGCCGGUGAUGACGGUGAUGCUGGUGGCGUUCCUGCUCGAGUACCUGCCCAAGAUCUACCACGCGGCGCGCCUGCUCCGGCGGACGCAGCGCCAGUCCGGCUACAUCUUCGGCACCAUCUGGUGGGGCAUCGCGCUCAACCUCAUGGCCUACUUCGUCGCCGCCCAUGCUGUGGGGGCGUGCUGGUACCUGCUCGGCGUGCAGCGGGCCAGCAAGUGUCUGAAAGAGCAGUGCCUCCAGGCGGCGGCGGCCGGCGGGUGCGCGCGCAGCAGCGCGGUGGCCUGCGCGGCGCCGCUGUACUACGGCGGCUCCCCUUCCACCUCCGGUGUCAUCGGCAGCGGCGACAGGCUCGCCUGGUCCCGGAACGCGCAGGCCCGGGGCACGUGCCUGUCCAGCGGCGGCGGCGGCGGCGACAACUACCAGUACGGCGCGUACUCGUGGACGGUGAUGCUGGUGGCGAACCCGAGCCGCGUGGAGCGGAUGCUGCUCCCGAUCUUCUGGGGCCUCAUGACGCUCAGCACGUUCGGCAACCUGGAGAGCACGACGGAGUGGGUGGAGAUCGUGUUCAACAUCGUCACCAUCACGGGCGGGCUCGUCCUCGUCACCAUGCUCAUCGGCAACAUCAAGGUGUUCCUGAACGCGACCACGUCCAAGAAGCAGGCCAUGCACACGCGGCUCCGCAGCGUGGAGUGGUGGAUGAAGCGCAAGAACCUGCCCCGGAGCUUCCGCGCCCGUGUGCGCCAGUUCGAGCGCCAGCGGUGGGCCGCCACCCGCGGCGUCGACGAGUGCCAGAUCGUGCGCGACCUCCCCGAGGGACUCCGCCGGGACAUCAAGUACCACCUCUGCCUCGACCUCGUCCGCCAGGUCCCCUUCUUCCAGCACAUGGACGACCUCGUCCUCGAGAACAUCUGCGACAGGGUCAAAUCCCUCAUCUUCCCCAAGGGAGAAACCAUCGUGAGGGAGGGAGACGUGGUGCAGCGGAUGCUGUUCAUCGUGAGGGGCCACCUGCAGUGCAGCCAGGUGCUGCGGAACGGGGCGACGAGCAGCUGCACGCUGGGGCCAGGCAACUUCAGCGGCGACGAGCUGCUGUCGUGGUGCCUGCGGCGGCCGUUCCUGGAGCGGCUCCCGACGUCGUCGGCAACGCUGGUGACGCUGGAGAGCACGGAGGUGUUCGGACUGGACGCCGCCGACGUCAAGUACGUGACGCAGCACUUCCGCUACACCUUCACCAACGACAAGGUGCGCCGCAGCGCGCGCUACUACUCGCCGGGGUGGCGCACCUGGGCGGCCGUCGCCGUGCAGCUGGCAUGGCGGAGGUACAAGCACCGCAAGACGCUCUCGUCGCUGUCCUUCAUCCGCCCGCGGCGACCGCUGUCCCGCUGCUCGUCGCUCGGGGAGGAGAAGCUCCGCCUCUACACCGCCAUCCUCACCUCGCCCAAGCCCAACCAGGACGACGACUUCUAGUUCUAGCUAGGCCGUUCCAGGCCGCCGGCUUCUUCGUGACAACGACGACGACGUGGAUGACCUGUUACUCGCACGGCACGAGACGCAGAGACAAUAUGCACGUAUCCAAUGCAAGUUCCGAUGGGGAAACCACGAAAUUUCAUUCCUCCACAGAAAUUCACUUGUAUGCAACGCCGCAAGGAGCGUGCGCAGCCACUUU